GCCAGCUGCUUAAGCUGGCCUGUGCUACACUGGCUAUACUUGUUACUACAUAUGUAAUAAAACUUUAUUGAGUGCGGAGUUUCAUUCGAGGGAUCCAGAAGCAAGGCCUUGUCCGUUCUCACCACCCAUCUGGUGGUCAACAACCAAUCUUCUCUCGAUGUGAAUGUUGACCAACAAAUCUCCAAGCCUAUGCCACCCCAUCAUUGGUUACUCGGACACAUACCUCUCAGUGCAAGUAUCAUUGGUAAUCUCCCUCCAUAUGCCCAUGGCGUCUACGUUGGAGACCAAAUCCGACAGAGAUAUCCGCAUCUCGACAGCGCCUUCUACCUCGACAAUUGGCCGCUCGCCGCCCCAAUUCUUGUCGUGCUCAAACCGGAUAUGAUGUACCAACUGACUCGAGCAAACCAAAUACCAAAAGACAAAAGCAUUCGCGCUUUCCUGAACCCUUGACCGGUGAAUCUGAUUUGGCCACCUUAGGAGGCGAUACUUGGAAAUACUGGAGAGGCAUAUGUCAAGUCUGGUUCCGGGAAUGAUUGAAGAGAUCAAGAUAUUCAAAGACCUGCUAAGAAAAAAUGCCGAAAGUGGUAAAGUGAUGUUUCUCGAAGAUAAUGGUCUUUGUUUCCUCGCCGACCGAACAAUACUCUGGGGCGAUCGUUAUGCCACACAUCACAAUCUUACCCACUGGCCGCGAGCCGAAGAGUUUAUUCCAGAACGAUGGAUUGUAGCUGAAGGCGACGAGCUCUACCCGCCUAAAAAUGGAUGGCGACCAUUUGAGCGCGGUAAUCGCAACUGUAUUGGCCAGGAAGUUGCCAUGACAGAAAUAAAACUCAUGCUCGCGUUGACGAUUCGAGAUUUUGAUUUCAAAGAUGCUUACGAGGAGUAUGAUGUUAUGAAAGGUAACCCAAAGGGUUUGAAUGUAAAUGGCCAAAGAGCAUACAUGAUGCUUCGGGGAGGCGGCCAUCCGGCGGAUCAUUAUCCAUGCAAGGCGACUUUUGCAAAGCGAAGGUGAUCUGGCUAGAGGGAACAGUUGUGCAUUAUUAUGAGUAGGAAUUUCGCUCGGGAUAAUAUGCGAUUCA